GACUGCUCUAACCCCACACCCAGGGCUCCGGCCCCACAGUUUAAUGGUUUCCCCCCCCCUGCGCUGUGCCCGUGACCCCCCGCGGGGCAGAGCCUAGCGCCGGCUCCUGCCCAGCCUCCUGCCCUGGGACCGCCGGGGGUGUCCGGGCUGCCCCAUCCCCCUGCCCUUCUCGCCUGGCGCUGACUGCAGGGCCUGGGCUAUGCUGCGGGGCGGACCCCCCACCACAGCUCCACCAUGCCAGCAGCUUCUGGAAAGAGAUUCAAACCCAGCAAGUACGUCCCGGUCUCGGCUGCUGCCAUCUUCCUAGUGGGAGCCACCACCCUCUUCUUCGCCUUCACGUGCCCGGGGCUCAGCCUCAACGUGUCCCCCGUCAUUCCUGUCUACAAUGCUGUCGUCUUCCUCUUUGUGCUGGCCAACUUCAGCAUGGCCACCUUCAUGGACCCUGGCAUAUUCCCACGAGCGGAGGAGGACGAGGACAAGGAGGACGACUUCCGUGCCCCGCUCUACAAGACGGUGGAGAUCAAGGGCAUCCAGGUGCGCAUGAAGUGGUGCGCGACCUGCCGCUUCUACCGCCCGCCGCGCUGCUCCCACUGCAGCGUCUGCGACAACUGCGUGGAGGAGUUCGACCACCACUGCCCCUGGGUCAACAACUGCAUCGGGCGGCGCAAUUACCGCUACUUCUUCCUGUUCCUGCUGUCGCUCACCGCGCACAUCAUGGGCGUCUUCGGCUUCGGGCUGCUCUACGUGCUCUACCAGGUGGAGGAGCUCUCUGGUGUCCGCAUGGCCGUCACGAUGGUGGUGAUGUGCGUGGCCGGACUCUUCUUCAUUCCUGUCGCUGGCCUCACCGGCUUCCACGUGGUGCUCGUGGCAAGGGGCCGCACCACCAACGAGCAGGUUACGGGCAAGUUCCGUGGUGGCGUCAACCCCUUCACCAACGGUUGCUGUAAGAACGUGAGCCGGGUCCUCUGCAGCUCCCCGGCCCCCAGGUACCUGGGGCGCCUGAGGGCUGAGCAGACGGUGCUGGUGAGACCCCCGUUCCUGCGGCCCGGGGUGUCCGACGGUCAGAUCACGGUCAAGAUCAUGGACAAUGGUAUCCAGACAGAGCUGAAGAGGACGAAGUCCAAAGGAAGCCUGGAGGUGACCGAGAGCCAGUCUGCUGAUGCCGAGCCGCCACCCCCCCCUAAGCCAGACCUCAGCCACUACACGGGCCUGAGGACACACUUAACCCUGGCCACCACCGAGGACAGCAGCUUGCUAGGCAAGGACAGCCCCCCGACCCCCACCAUGUACAAGUACCGGCCCGGCUACAGCAGCAGCAGCAGCUCGGCGGCCUUGCCCCACUCCACCAGUGCCAAGCUGAGCCGAGUGAACAGCCUGAAGGAGCCCAACUCCAUGGGUGAGGGCGGCCACAAGCCCAGCUACCGCUCGGAGCCCAGCCUGGAGCCCGAGAGCUUCCGCUCGCCCACCUUCAGCAAGAGCUUCCACUUCGACCCCCUCUCGAGCGGCUCCCGCUCCUCCAGCCUCAAGUCGGCGCAGGGCACGGGCUUCGAGCUGGGCCAGCUCCAGUCCAUCCGCUCCGAGGGCACCACGUCCACCUCCUACAAGAGCCUGGUGAACCAGACGCGCAACGGCAGCCUCUCGUACGACAGCCUCCUCACGCCCUCCGACAGCCCCGACUUCGAGUCGGUGCAGGCGGGCCCGGAGCCGGAGGCGCCGCUGGGGUACACCUCGCCCUUCCUGUCGGCCCGCAUCGCGCAGCAGCGGGAGAGCGACCUGCACGGCCGCUUCGGCAGCCCCGCGCCGCCCCGCGAGCCCUCGCCCGUGCGCUAUGACAAUCUGUCCCGCCACAUCGUGGCCUCCAUCCAGGAGCGGGAGAAGCUGCUGCAGCAGCCGCCGCCCGCGGGCCGGGACGAGGACGCGGGGCCAGCGGCCGCGGGGGUGCAGUCGCCGCCGCGCUCCAGCGGCUCCUUGGACGAUUCCAAGCGCUCGCCCGCGGGCAAGAACCCGCUCCCGCGCCCAGCCCUGCCUCGCUUCGGCAAGCCCGAGCCCCCCGGCGCGCUGCGGGCGCGCUCCCUGGGCUCCCCCGAGCAGCCCCGAGCCCCCCACCUCGGCAAGUCCGUGUCCUACAGCAGCCAAAAACCAGCCCCUCAGGCCGGCGGCCCCGAGGCGGAGGAGGUGGCCUUGCAGCCCCUGCUGCCACCCAAGGACGAGGUGCAGAUGCGAGGAGCCCACAGCAAGUCCAACGGGCAGCCCAAGAGCCUGGGCCCGGGGCCUGCGGGCGCGGGGCCGGUGCCGCUCAGCAGCCCCACGCGUGGAGGUGUCAAGAAGGUCUCUGGCGUGGGGGGCACCACCUACGAGAUCUCGGUGUGAGCCGGCACCGCUCCGCCCGUCCUGCGGGCACCGGGGCUCGUCCCGCGCCUGGACCCUGCGGGCACCGGGGGCACCGGGGGCGCCGGCUCCGCUGCUCCUCCCGCCCCCGCCGGGGCGCCUGCAAUGGCCUCGCGCCGCGGGAACGCAGUUUUUAAAGCAGAACACUUUUUUUUAUGAUUCUUGUUACGGAUUCUAUUUUUUUUCUCUUUCUGAGUUCCGGGGUGUGUGUACAUAGAAAUAUCUAUAUCUAUAAAUAUAAAUAUUCGAAAAAGAAGCAGAAAUUAUAUUAUCUUACCCAGAGAGAGGAAGAAACGAGCCCUUUCCUGCGCAGGGCCAGGGCCCCGGAGCAGGGACGUGGGGCUGGUGCCGCCUCCUGUGCUGAUGCUGGAGCUGCGGACGCUCGGACAUGCUCCUCCCCGGCUCUUCGCCUGUGAAGCGCCAGCCCCGGGGCUGUGAGGAGGAGGAAGGGUCGAGGAGCAGUCCCGGCCCCAGUGCAUGGCCAGGGGCUGGUGCAGCUGCGGCCCCCAGUGCAGCUCCUGCUCUGCGUGCCCAGGUGUGUGUGGCCGUGGGGCUGGGGGGCUCUCGCUGCCACACGCGGGUUUGUGGCCGCCGAGCGCACCCUGAAGCAAUAUUUCCUCAUCACAUGCCAAAACCCCCCCGCAGCCAAGGAGCCCGCGCUCCCCCCGCCGAGGCCGCACACUUGAGGCACCACGGGACUCCUCGCCGCAAUACCUGCCCGUGGCCGUGCGGGGCCAGGCCAUUGGUUUUUAUUGAUUACCCAUUUUAAAACGAGGAAUAAAAGGCUAUUUAAUGAGGCA